CCAUCAUGAGUUGGUUUAUGAAAAGUUGCACGCUCCCCCUGGUGUUGCUGUGCAUGUGGCAGCUGCAAGAAGGAGCACAAGCCUGCAGCUGUCUUCGAAUGCAUCCACAGACGCUGAUUUGCCAAGCCGACGUCAUUAUCAAGGCAAAGGUGGUUGCAGAGAAAUAUGAGGGGGAAUAUAACAACACCAUCAAGUAUGACAUCGACCAGACCAUGACAUUUAAGGGCCCUGAGAGGAUCUUUCAUACCGUCUACACGCAAUCUUCCUCUGCAAGAUGUGGAAGGACUCUGACCAUAGGAACAGAAUAUUUUAUCGCAGGCCUACUAAACUCUGAGGGCUUGCUGCGCAUCUCACUGUGCGACUACGUUGGGCCCUGGGAGGUGGUGAGGGCCGGCCAACUGAGCUUGGUACAGCGCUAUAUGAGGAACUGUGAUUGCGACAUCUCUUACUGCGCUGCCUUCUCGUGCGAUAUGAGCAACCCAACUGGGUGCUUGUUUGCAGACUGGCUCCCCUUUGAUUUAAUUUGUACCAAAAGACGUGAUGGCUCUUGUGCUUGGUACAAAGCGCCCGUCUUAGCCAAAUAGGCUUUCAUGGAUAUUGAAUACACCUCAAAUAUUACAAUGCAGAAAUGUCAAAAUUGCAAGUAAAUCAUCAAUUCAAAGAAAAGUGUUUUUCUUUGUUUAAGUAGUUUUUUUUUAAUGAUAAUCACGGAUUUGCACUUUCCAACUCCAAAUCACUUCUCUAUCAACAGAAAUACAUAGAAUCCUAAAGGGACAGUAUUGAGCUCUGCUGCAUUUUAUUGUGGCAGUCGCAUUAAUCUAUUUGGGGGUGGUGGGUUGAUUCCUCUUUUGUAUGUACAUAUUACAGUUUUAUUCUGAGAGAUACUGUAUACAAUUAGGGAUGGGUGCGCAGUACCUGGUACUCAGUGGUACCAAUUUUUGAUAUACUUCUGUGUGUGUUCAUGUGGUAAUAAAUGUUAAUUUGUUAAGUAAUUAUAUCAGUUAUACCAGUUAUUAUAUCCAGAUUUCUUACACUUCUGAUUCUCAUUUGUAAGUAUAGACUUUGCAUGCAGUUAUAAUUCCAAGAGUAGUAGUGUUGGCAGUAGUGUUAAGACUACGGCGUGUUGCCUAGUCAGGGAGUAGCCUUUGCCAUUAAUCUGAAUCUAGUCUUUUGUGGAGUCCUACAAAUCGUUUGUUCUUUAAGUGUUGUAUUUAUCACACACCAGCUGUUUGAUUGACCUUAGUUGUACUUUUCAUUAUUAAAUUUGGAGGUAUUGAAAUUGCCAUGUAAAUCGCCAAUGCCAAUCAGUAGCAUGUCUAUGGCAAAUCCAAUGUAAAUUAGCAUUGACAUAGCAUAUUUUGAAAAGUGGAGCCUAUUUGAAAUGUUUGGGAGAGAGAGAGAGAGCAACAAAUAAC